AUGGGGAUAUUUUGUGAUUUAAGUGAAUAUUUAUUUUUAGACGAUACUGAUGAAGAGAACAAUGGUAAAGAAAUAUUCGAUACAGAGAAGUAUCAAGAAAGCUUUUGGAUUGGAAUAAAAGAACAAGGUUAUAGUGAUGAUGUUGCCGAUAUCGAUGGGGGGGGGGGGUGUCUGUCUGGUCAAUUCAAAGGUAUUAAAUAA